CGCAGAAGAAGCAGGCAGCAAGCAAAGCAAAGAUCGGUUAGCUAUCAGCUGUGCUAGCUGUGAGCACCUAGCCAUGGACAUGGGAGGGCACGACAUGGGCGGGAUGUCCCCGCCGGCGGGGGCGGCCGGCGCCGGCGCGGCCAUGAAGUCGAUGAGGUACACGCACAUGACCUUCUUCUGGGGCAAGAACUCGGAGGUGCUCUUCACCAUGUGGCCCGGCACGAGGGGCGGCAUGUACGCGCUGGCGCUCGUCUUCGUCUUCGCGCUCGCCGUCAUCGUCGAGCUCCUCGGCAGCCGCAGGGCGGACGCCUGCCUCGCCGCGCUCGCCAGGCGCGCCCCCGCGGCGGCCGCGGCCGCGCGCACGGCCGUGCACACGGUGCGCGUCGGCGUGGCCUACCUGCUCAUGCUCGCGCUCAUGUCGUUCAACGGCGGGGUGUUCCUCGUGGCCGUCGCCGGCCACGCCGCGGGGUUCCUCGCGUUCAGGGCCGGCCUGUGCGGCGGCCCCGCGCAGGUGGAGGAGGACCGCAAGAACGACCCGGCGUGCUGCUAGCCGCCGCCUCGUCGUCGGUACGUGUUGCGUUCAUGUGUAUCGUGGACGGUCCAUUCGGUUGGGUGUACGUACGUUCGUUGAUGCUAGCUUGUGUAUAUUGU